GGUCAUGUCAUUUGACAAAAGCUACUUCAGACUUUUAUAGGGCUGUCCCUGUUUUCCACAGGUACCACACCAACAAUUAACUAACGGGGAUGUCUGCUUGAACAUGAAAAAAGAAUGGAAGAUAUUUAUAGAAGGCCAGAUAACCUCAAAAUAUGCAACAUGCUUGACCAUAAAUUAACAAGAAUUGAAAUUUUGUAUUUUUAACAAGUAUAAUCACUAGUGACUGUCAGCAGGUGCCAUACCAUAGCAGUACAUGGCAAAUGCUUUGAACAUGUAAUUCAUCUACAAAAGAAAUCCAUGCGAACAUUUAAAUUAUUACGAAUCUUAAUAAUUUAUCAUAAAGUGGCAUAGCUUGACAUAAUUUCCAUUGUGUAUAAAUCUGUUCUCUGCAUCUGUCUGGAAACUUGCCCAUUUUUUUUUUUGAUUGACAUCACCAGGAUCAUGCAAGAAUAAAAACGGCUUUCUGUAUCUUGAGGGACUUCCCUGUCCUCCGUAAAUACAUUUAAAGGGAAGUGGCAGGCUGCUUUUUGCAGCAGUAGGCUCUUCCAUCAAGAGGAGAUAGCACAAACACCUCCCGCACGCUGGUGAGCAAAACAAAACGAUGGCGGAAGGCUUUUCAGGGGUAACCGUGGGGGCCUGUGUGAUUCUGGCACUGUCCUUCCUGGUGGGCGCUCCAGGGAACCUGUUGGUGAUCUGGACGAUCCUGCGGCACGUAAAGCGGCGCUCCCACACCGUGGUGCUCAUCCUCCACCUCGCUGCCGCUGACCUGCUCGUCCUCGUCACCCUGCCGCUGUGGAUAUACUCCUUCGCCCGCUCCUGGGUCUUCGGCGAGGCCGCGUGCAAAGCCAUGGUCUACAUCAUCUAUUCCUGCAUGUACAGCAGCGUGUUCCUCAUCACCGCUAUGAGCGUGGAGAGGUUCUUGGCCGUCUGCUACCCCGUGGCCUCCCUCCACUGGAAGAGCAAGGAGAACGUCCUGAGCAAGGUUCUGCUAGCCCUCUGGCUCGCGGCUUUCCUCUUCAGUGUUCCCGUCAUUCCCACGCAGGCGCUGGACAAGGAGGGCGGAGAGGAGCAGUGCCUGUACAGGGAGUACUCCUCGGCUGGUCAGGAGGCGGCGUGUCUGCUGCUGGAGAUCCUGGUGGGCUUCGUCGUGCCCUUCUCCGUCCUGGCGGUGUGCUACGGCUGCCUGCUGGGCCGCAUCAAGCAGAUGACCUUCAAGACCAAGCAGAAAUCCACGGCCCUCAUCGCUGCCGUGGUGGCCGUCUUCCUCCUGUGCUGGCUCCCUCACCAGGUGGGCAAUGUGCUAUCCCUGGUCAGCAUCAGCGCAAAGGAAUCCAGUCCCAAAACUGCAGUCAGCCUGGAGGCCGCCAGAGAAACGGUGAGCUUAAUCGCAGGAGCCAUGGUCUUCGUCAGCAGCUCGGUGAACCCACUGCUUUACGUCUUCGCUGCCCGUUACUUCCGAGGCUCCUUCCGGGUCACUGGGAUACGGAGGCUCUUCCACCACAUUUCUCACUCAGGUACAGGUGAAGGAGCCAAAGAGCUGUCCGUUGUGUCUAGAAGCAAAAGCUCCCAAAGCGAGUUGACCAAGUGCAGUACAGACACAAAAGUAUUUACAGAUGUCGACCUUAAUGCGUGUGAAGAUAUUUCCCCCUGAUCGACCUUUGCUAAAUGGCAUUGUUCUACAUGUGAUUAAUAGCUCCUGUAUUUAUGUUGCUUCUGAUUGUGUGUGCCAAAAUGUUGCCUAUGUUCUAUUAAAUUUAUGCAUUACUUUCAGAUUCAGCUUUUCCUAAAAUAGAAAGUCACAAUGUAUAUGUAUCCACAAUGUUAAUGAAAACAUUUUCGUAUGAUCCACGAAGAGUGGGCAUUCUUUAAGAUCUCAUUCAGCUGUACAGCUGUGUGAAAACUGAAAGAUCUUGUGAAUCAAGAUGUCUAUACAGUGCAUUUCCUCAUAAUUGGUUUUAGUGUAAAUGCCUGCAUAGGUAAUGCCAUUGGAUUUCACACUGUUUUAACUAAUAUUAACAGGGAGCAUUUUGCUCAGAAAUCUGUACUGCUAUAGCGUUAAACAGCUGUUACACAGAAGCUCCCAUUUGUAUCCAGUGUUGGGGAAAACUACUGUGAAAGCAUAGUAGUACAAACUACCAACUACUUCACACUGAGAGUAGUUGAAAUACAGCCAAGCUACCCAAAAAAUAAAUGUAGCUCAAUUAUGUAGCUCUUGCAGUUAGCUAUACCUCAAUAUGACUAAAACGUUGAACAUGCAUACCUAUAGAGAACCAACAAACUCACUUUUUAUUGAUUUAAAGGCUCUAAAAUUUAAAGAUUUGGUCGAAUUUAAAUCGUUUCAAAUUAUGUAUAAUGUAAAAAACCAAUUACUACCUGAAAGUAUCCAAAAGUUGUUUACAAAGAGAGAAUGUCAACACGAUUUAAGAGGAAUUUACAUGUUCAGAAAACAAUUAGUGAGGACCAAUGCAAAAUACCAUUGUAUUUCAGCUAAAGGAGUGCAACUAUGGAACAGCUGUAAUGUAACUGAAAACAUGUAGAACUCUCAGGUAAAAAAAAAUGUUUAAAAAUAAUGUAAUGAACAAAUAUGAAAAAGAAUGACCAGAAAGAAACACUGGCAUAGAAGGACAGGGUACAGGAUAUAUAAGUUGUUUUUGUUCGAUUUUGUUUUGUUUUGUUUUACUUUGUUUUGUCCUUGAUGUUUGUCUGAUGUUACCUUUUGAAGACAAAUAUGACGUGUUGUUAAAAGGGUAGGCAUUAUAAGCAGCAGCUUCAGCCUACACCUGUUUUGGACUGCAGAGAUCUUGGGUUGCGGCAUUGUUUUGUUUUUAGCUUGUGAUAUUCGAGUAUCUGCCUCCUUUCGUGUAAACUUAUUAUUGUUGAAUGCAGACCGAAAUAAAAAUUUAAUUUCAAAAAAGUUAUUUACUACAGUCACUGUGCAAAUUUGAAUGUAGCUGAACUACCAGCAAAUUGCUGCAAAAUGUAAUUAAACUACUAGUUUAACCUCAUGUAGUUAAACUACUCUCCAACACUGCCUGUAUCUAUCCAUAUGUACCUCAGACUGGGGCAACUAGUCGCAAGUUUUCCAAAGUGCGCUUUGCAUGUUGCAAAAGCACAAGGCAAGCUUUUUUACUUCUCUUUUGAUGGCUUGUGAAAUGAUUAUCUGCCAUGAUGUGUAAUAGAGCCCCUAGCCAACGAUGGGAAAGAGGAAUACAGAUGAAUUUCACUUGACCACAUCCUUGGCUUAUUAUGAAGAACAGUACGUGCUUGCAUGGGAGAAAUAUUUUUAGUUUUGUUUUUAAUGACAUUGGGAGACAUAUACACACUGUAUCUCUUGUGCCAGUUUUGCUUAUUCCAUUAUGAGUUCUUCUGUUAAUAUUUAUAUCAUUGCAUUGUUGGUUUUUUAAUAAAUCUGCAGACAUUGACUGUUGAAAACAAACAAGGAAUAUUGUAAUAUUUGCAUUAUUGAAGAUUAUAAGUGAUGGUGUACAUAUUAUUUCCAUCAUGAUUGGUGUAUAUUUGAGUGAACGAUAUCUUAUUCUUAAUCUCAGUUUUUCAGUCUUUGUCCAUUAGUCUACCCUGUUCAACAGUUGACAGUUUUUUUUUGUUUCACUAACAUUUGUGAAAGUAUAUUUUUAAACACUUGUUUUGUUAACGUGACUUCAACUUUGUUGUGGAUUGUUUUUUUUAAGACUCCAAUGCAUUUAUAUGACAGUGUUCAUUGUUUUUUUUUUCUAAUAUGACAGAGACUGUGGCUGGUGUGGAUGCAGGAUGGAAUAGCCUGUCUCAUCCUGCCUCUGUUACUAUAAUUCUGCUCUAUUGUGCUUGCGUAAGCUGUCACUCAACACAGACUGACACAUUCUGACUGGAGGACCUAAAUAAGCGAGUAACGUUAGGAUAUGUGAAGCUACUCAGGGUAAUCAAUGUCAACACAGUCUAUUGUGGAAGAGAUUGUCAAUGGAAAACACCUGUUUAGACACAUUGAAACAUACAAUAGGAGGUUUUCCAUACUGUGCUAUUGGACGAAAUUCAGCAGACUGUGAGAAAGCUGUGUGUGUGUGUGUAUGUAUGUGUGUGUGUGUGUGUGUGUGCAUAAGUAUGUUUGGAAAUAUGUGCUCACUUGGUCUUGGUAUGCAAUUUUUCCCACAAGAAAGUAAGUUCUCUUGCUCACAUGGGAAACAAAUAAUUGGAAAUUGGGUUCACAAAAUACUCAUAAAUUGCAUUACAGAUAUGAAAUUACAUCUUCUCAUCAGUUUGUUGCCAGAGGCAAUCUAUGUGAGGUAAAUCGCAACCCAUGGCAAUAACACUUAACGUGCUUUGCAGAGAUUGGCGGACAGACUCCCAACUGCUCCUCAGUGUGCAUGCCUAUGUGUGUGUGUGUGUGUGCGCACGUGCGUGUGUGUGCGUGUGUGUGUGUGCGUGUGUGUGUACUUGCAUUUUACCGACUGUGCAGAACUUCUUGUCUGAACUUGACAGGGUGCCUUCGUCUCUGUGGCUCGCCCGGUUUUGUAGCUUGUGAUGUGAAGACACUGUGGUGGAGUCAGAUUUCACUUCUGCACAGAUUUGUUUUGAUCAGCCUGUAUUCCGUCUCAUAUUAUUUACCCCUGUGUUGGACAUUCAGACAGCAAUUCACGCGUUCAAGCUUUAUCCAUUUUCACUUUUUGUGUUAAUUUACCAUUAACUAUCAUGUUCGUCUUUACUCUUUCAAGGCCCAACCACAGCAACAUGAAUUACUCAUAAGAAAAUUCCUUCUCUUUGACCUAUUUCUCUUGAGCUCUCUGCACCUGAUAAAAGUGAUUGAAAUGAG